AUGCACUCAAACAAGCUGCACAUUCCUCUUCCUCUCGUGCGCUCGCUGCUGUGUUCUGUGAGUGCGUUAGCUGCAGUCUGGAGGUCGUGCGGGGGGUACAAGAGCCUGAGUCUGGCCUCCCAGUGGGAAGUGAACCAUGGUGAGUCCUCAUUAAGCCUCAGCGACACUACUGUAGCCCUGCAGCCUUCUCUCUGUGUUCUUCCCCGACAAGUGAUCUCCUACCAGGACUCCAACUACAGGCGCUCUAUUCCAGCUGAAGAGCGCCUGUCCAUCUGUCUGCGGUUUCUUGCCACUGGGGACUCCUACAGGACCAUUGCGGGGAGCUUCAGAGCGGGCAUAUCCACCGUCUCCAUGCUCAUCCCAGAUGUGGUAAUGACUGCCAGACUCCACUGCGACUCCACUCCAACUUCAGGAGAGGAAAGAGAGAGAGCAGGAACUGAUGGUCUUCUGAGUAGUCGGGCGGUGUACCAGGUGUAUGCGCAGCGCCCCCCAGAGGACGUGCAUGAGAUCCUGCGGGCUGUGGGAGCUGAGUAUGUGGUCCUGGAAAAUAGCAUCUGCCACGAACGCCGACACCAGAGAGGCUGCAGACUGAGGGACCUGCUGGACCUGGCCAACGGGCAUAUCAUGGAUGGAGACGGAGACAACGACCCCGACCUGACUCCCGCCCCACACCCACGCUUCUGCGAGGCCGUGAAGAGCGACGCGCCGGCUUACACCGCCUUGUUCACCAGGACCUUCCAGAACAAAACCUUCCACGUGUACAAACUCAAGAAAAAGCGCAAGAAAUCCAAAACCUCCGAUCCCGCCGGAGCCCAAUGA